GGUGCGCACUUCUUGUCUCCCGUUUGCGGUUGCUCACACCAUAACUGCUAGUGUUCUCGAUCACUAGGGACUGUGGAACCUUUACCCGUAUUUGACUAUUACAUAAUAAUUAAUUCUACAUUAAUAUAGUUCACAGUGUGUUCUAGCAUUUUUAGUGCAGAAUGUUGAAGACAUUUUGGCUGUAUUUACAAGUUUUUUGGGGAGGGCAGGAGAUGAACGAACUCUUCGCACUCAGUCUCGGCUCAAGGCGUUGAGGUUACCGACGUGGACUUCAACACUCGAGGCGAGCUCACCGACCUCGCACUGCUCAUUCUGACGACUUCUGCUCACUCUCCACUCUCCCUCCCACUCUAAAAACUCCCCCACUCCUAAAACACACUCACCACUCGCCCACUCUCAAGUCCCACUCCAGCGCCAGUAUGCGGCUGUUCAGGCGUAGAGUGGUUCACGUCCACGACCCUGGCUGUAAAGUCCACAAUCCCACAUGUGGACCAGGGAGAGGUGCUUCACACGGUUCAGUGGCCGCCGGUUCACACGGUUCAGUGGCCGCUGGUUCACACGGUUCAGUUACCGCUGGUUCACACGGUUCAGUUACCGCUGGUUCACAUGGUUCAAAGACAGCUGCUUCACACGGUUCCUCCCGCUUUGCUGGGCAUGAUAACAAUGUUCAAGUUUCAUACGGAAAACGAAAUCCUUGUCAAAAAAGCAAUUUAAAUGAAGAUUCACGCGGCCGAGACAAUAAUUACUCACAAAAAACGAAAAACCGUGGUUUACAAGGCGCCAACAAUAUCGGUUCUCAAUGCACCAGAAACUAUGGUUCUCAAGGUUCCAGCAACACUGGUUCUCAAGGUUCCAGCAACACUGGUUCUCAAGGUUCCAGCAACACUGGUUCUCAAGGUUCCGGCCACACUGGUUCACAUAGCAAACCAAAUAAUGGUUCUCACAGCCUGACUUACGUUCACCCCAGCCUGAUGCGAGGUUCACAACAGGACACGGAUUGCCUAAACUCACCACGAGUCGUGUCGGUGGGGGGUGACAUCAGCUCCCCCACGCCCCCCCACCAGCUGGGGGAAGACAGCCACACCCCCAAGCCUGGACUGGCGACGUGGGGGCGGCGGGUGGGGCGGCGUCUGGAGCAGCUCGCCAGGGCCCCCAGCAGGGAGAAGGUCGCGGCCACCCCUGGGGAUGAUGGCAGUUCAGUCAAGAUGUCUUGGUCCUUACGAAGACGAUCUUCAGGACCCAGUUUCUUCGCUACUUCGGGUCCUCCUACAUCGGCGACUUCGACCCCAGUCAUGUCCCGGUCUACGUCAACGUCCCGCAUCAACAACGAAUCUACAGACCACCAUCAUCAUCAGAAUCAUCAUCAUACCGAUCGUCUCGAAAUGAUGACUUCCAUAGCAUCCAAUGACUACAUCCCAACUAAGACUGUGAGCUGCGAGAACAUUCCGAUUACUGCUGAAGUGAAAUCGAAUUUUCCUCACGCGUUCCUUAGAUCGAAGCCUCCUCGGUCUGGAUCAAUGUCCAGGCCUGCUUCAGCAGCUCUUCAGUCUACUGAAGUCACGGGCAGUAAAGCACCUCAAGAGCCCAAAAAGAAUCCCAGUGAGCGAGGCUCGCUUUCUGAUAUCAGGGAGGCUCUGCGUCAAAAGUUGAAGGCCGUGUCAGAGGAAAACUUUCCGUUGAUGUGGUGGAGGAAGAAUCAAACUUCAUUGAAAUCGAGACUCAAUUCCAAUUUUUCGCGUACGAAGAACCAAGAAAGAUCGGCGUCUACGCAGUCUAUGAACGCGGACACUCUUGUUUACCACAGCCCCGUGACUGCAAACCUCUCGAACAUGACGAACCGUUUGUCGAAAAACGCACAAAAUCAACUAAAUGUCCCUGGAAAUCGUACAUCUUUAUAUAUGAGCAGCACUGAGAGUGGCUAUGAAAGUGAAAGUUUAGGACUACAGGCAAGGUUGCGUAGAAAACUGAAAAAAGUUGAGAGUGACGUAGACUCUGGAGUCAGUUCUGGAAGUCCGUCCGAAACCAACUCCGAUUCUGGUUCAUUUACGAGCAAUGACUUAUCUUUCGAUCACAAUUCUAAAGCCGAUACAAAUUCAUUGAAGAACAGUUCUGUAAAUCAACGGAACUUGACGAAGAGGCUUCAACUGCCCAAAGGAACAGACAUUGCUACGAUUGGGUUUUGUAAGUGCCCUCCUGAUGCGAACGAAACUUCUAAACUUAAUCUAACUGACGAAGAAAAGAUGGUACCUGCGUUAUCUGAAGACAUCCACCCGGUCUUACCCGAGCCAGCAAACAUUACAUCUUUGCGGCACAAAUUUCUCGUAUCGCAACUAAAUCGUCAAUAUUUAUCCAAGCCUUAUCCGGCUGGUAGCCAAUCCUACGACACAAGCUCCCUCGACCACUUCAGCCAUCAGAGGGGAGGGUACGAUUUUGGAAGGACUUUGCAAACAGAUGGAAGUUCAGAACGCUGUCGCAGUGACUCCCCUCACACACGUUCGCCAUUAUCUUUACCCUCACUUUCUUUACCUUUAUCGAGUUCUUCCUCUUUGUGCUCUCACGUUACUCCCCCACGUACCUUCAAAAUGAUCAGACUCACCAAAGACGCGUCAGGAGAGCUGGGUAUUUACAUCACAGCUAAAAGGAACAACAUGGGAGUUACGACAGGCUAUGUUAUCGCCCACAUCGAGCGAGGCGGUCUAACCCACAGGGACGGCCGAUUACGCGUGGGCGACGAAAUAAUCAACGUCGCUGGACAGAGGCUGCGUGGCGUCUCUCUGGACGACGCUCGAACCAUCCUGCGCACCACCUGCCGUCAGGUGGACAUCGUUGUAGCCAGGGACCUGGAAAACCACCAGCUGCCUUACCAGGACCAGCUGUCCCCUCAAGAAGAGCAGCACCAACCAUACCAGGAUCAUCAGUCAACGUUAUGCACAGGAAAUGAUGGAUUUAGAAGGGCGGAUGUCAUGGUUGACGAUGGACAGUUCACUUCCACUCCAGGUGAACGGUACUCUGAUAUCAAUGAUCGCAGUCCAUCAAGGGCCAGCCGCAGCCCCCAUGAAUAUUUCAGGAGUAUUUCGUCCAGUUCUCCAACAAGGCUAAAAGAUUUUCCAGAACCCGAUGUCUACAGGAACAACAUUGGAGUAAAGAAAACCAGAUCAGAUUUCACUGACCUAAACAACUACGAUGAAUCAAUGAAAACUGGAAAAUUAUUCAGUAAAGUAUCGGCUUCAUCGAACGAACCUGCAUCGAUGACUUCACCAACCUACGGAUCGUUUGCGGAUCCCUUCGAUCUUGAGGAAUUUUCUUACGCUUCUUUGCCGCCACAAAAUUUACGCCGACUCCCCGAUAGCUCUGAAUCUCGUAACGGAAGUGAGCUGACAGAAGCCAGAUAUAGGAGCGCACAUUCCUCCCAGGCGUACAAUUUACCACGGUAUAUUGAUGGUCAGCCCAUCUACUCAUCCAACUUUGACGUUAGUCAAAUUUCGUCAGAAUCAAGACUAUCUCCUACUAAAUCUAUGUUUUCUGAUCAAAGGCGCAAGCCUCUGCAGCCCAGUUACGACCAAACCACCAGUAUCGCAGAACCCGAUCUUAUGUCCCGGCCCGACAACAUUCAAGGAUAUUCUAACAGAAACCUCGAAUCUAAUUCUAAUAGUACAGAUUCUUUAUCGAACUUCCCUAACCUCGAUCGACCUGCUGACCUGGACCCAGAUCCCGUUAACACUUCGCACAAGAAGGAGUUCGGCAUCAGGCGUCAGGCUCCCGUACACAAAUGGCAGAGAUCGCUCAGCGGCGGACGCAUCAUGCGCAACAGCUUUAACGGAUCCGCAACGUUGCUCCCUAAAAGACCGAAGAGUUUGGCGCUGAGCGUCAAGACUGUCGUGUUCGAGAAGGGGAGAGGGCGCAAGAGUCUGGGCUUCUCGGUCGUGGGAGGACGAGACUCCCCCAAGGGGAGUAUGGGCAUCUUCGUCAAGACCAUCUUCCCUAAUGGACAGGCAGCUGAAGGAGGGAAGCUCAAAGAAGGAGACGAAGUUCUGGCUGUCAACGGCGCGUCGAUGGCCGGACUGAGCCAUGCUGAGGCCAUCUCUGUGUUCCGAGGCGUGAGGACAGGCAAGAUUGUCCUCCACAUUGUCCGCCGCAACACUGGCCAUCACGGCACCAUUGACCAGCCCUCCGAGGCCUGUGUGGAGGCCGGCGGCCACGAGUGAAGUGAACAGAAUGGGAUAAAAUGCGUAAAGGAAGCGCCGCUCGGGAACUGAAAUAACUGACAAACAAAUACUUAAAUUCGCGACUUUAAUGGACCACGGAACGUUUGUUUCAACGUCACCGAUGGACAGGGCGAAGGUACAAAUGAGGUCAAAUUCGUACGAUUUGAAUGAGAAUUUAUUUGAGUUGGUUUGCCUAGGAUAUGCAGUUCGAUGACGCUGGCUGUCAUCGAACUGUGCAAUUAGUUCAAUCACUCAUAUUAAUGCCUAUAAAAUUUUCUUGUUUAAAGAUAUUGUAGUUAUAAAUCACGCUCUCAAAUCUACACAUUUAUUUAAAUUAUGAAAUUGAAUGAGGUACUUCGGUAUAUCUGCUUGUAUAAAAAUAGAAUCAUUUGUAUACAUUUUAAACAGAAUUCAGUUGCUUUGUAUAUAUGCUUGUACCCAUAUACACAUAUUUGCGUAAACUAUUAGAUGGGAUGAGAUGUCCUGAUUUACUACUUGUAUAAAAUAACACAUUUGUAUAUCAGUUAUUCAAAAACUCGUAUGCUGCUCAGGCAGCACUAAAACAAACACCUGACACGUUGGUUUGACGUCUUAAGCAUUUUUGCUGAAAAAAAUAUGAUGUCUUAGAAAAUGUUUCAAUUUAUUUAACAAAUGAGGAAGUGUACAUAGUUUAUGUAUGAAUGCUUUAACAAUAUUAAUGUAUUUAUUGAUGAGCCUUUGAUGAGAAAUGUAAUCGAUAAUAUCUAUACCAUUAAUUACAUUUUUAUAUAAAUUUUCAAGGUAUGCAUCUAUAGCUCAUGACAAGUGUUGUUCAAAUCUUAACUUUACCCUACUAUAAUUAAGUGUGAUUAUUUGUGAAUAAUUGCAAACUAAUUGCCUUUAUAUGAAUAACUAUGAACUACUUUAGUGGUAUCACGCAGAAAAAUGGGCGAGACUUGUCCAAAAAGUGAUGCUUUUUUGCUCUUUUGUGGGCUUUCCUGACCCAGUUUGGCCCAACAUUUGGGUCUAUUAAUAUGAUAAAAAAUAUA